AUGUCCGUGAUUGUCAUGGGCCUUGCCCCUCGUUCUCUGGCCGGGCUCCAGCAGAAGGUCCUCGAGGUCAUCUCCCCCAAGUACCCAGGCUCAGAUACUCUUCGUGCUGCCAUUCUCCAACUCAAGGCGGGCUUCAAAGAACACGAGUUCGGCAUGGUGCUUCCCCUGAAGCUGUUCAUUGGGCAUUCCGCCUCGAUAAAAUCAAAAGACCACCGAUACCGUGACAUGUCGUCUAUGAAAUUAUUAAGACAAAAGACGAACAAUACAUGA